UCUGAUUUGGCGUAUUUUCGUAAGAAGAGUUACUAAUCACUGCUAAAAAGGAUAAGAAAAUUAUUACGAUAUAUUUGCAGUUUUAUCAAUUUUAGAUUUCAUAAAAAUAGGUGAAAUUUCGGGAUUAAAUGUUUAUCAUUCAGUCUCGUGAUUCAAUGCUACGAAAUAAGUGAGACUUGUAAAUUAGUGGAUAUCAUGAUAUUUUCACGGUUAAUCCGACAUUUGAGUGACAAAUGGUUCAACUUUCAAAAACAAACGUCAGAAAGUGUGCAACUUACUCAAAUUGCACUUUUUCGCGGUGGUGUUAUAUUUAUUACUUCAGUCGUUGUAGUCUGGAUAUCGAUAUUCUUGUAUACAGCUUUCUACUAUGCAUACAUGCCAAGUAUGCUACAUAUGCGACCAGUACAUUUAGAAUUCGAAUCAUGUGAAAGAAGCAAAGGAAUAUGUAGUUAUCCAUCAGCAAAGGUACAAUUGACCAAAAAACAACAACUGCUGAUGAUUGGUCAACCGUAUAAAGUCAAUUUACAUCUUGAGUUACCUGAGUCUCCAGCUAAUAAAGAGCUCGGUAUGUUUAUGGUGUGUGCAAAAUUAUUGGCACGCGAUGGUUGGGCAGUUGACAGAUCCUGCAGGCCAACGAUGCUGCAUUAUCGCAGUACAUUGCUUCAUGCAUUAACGACAUUCACAUUUUCACCAAUGUUGAUAUUCGGUAACCGCGAAGAGAAGCAAAAUAUUGUUCUAGAGUUAUUUGGAAAUUUUGAAGAGGAUCAGAGCCACCCCGUGACUUCUGUUUUCGUUCAAAUUCAAUCGCUGCAGAUUGAAUUUUACUCAGCUUCAAUUGUAAUCAAUGCCCACUUAUCUGGUCUACGUUACUUGAUGUUUCAUUGGCCUAUCCUAUCAGCCAUUAUAGGAAUCAGUACAAAUUUAUUUUUCAUAGCACUUGUGUGCAUACUAUCGUAUCUACGUUUCGCUUAUGAGGACGAUGCGCCAAAUGAACAGUUCAGAUACGAGAGAAGAGAUAUUGACGAGAUUCCCCGGAAAAAUAAUGCUGAUGAAUCAUCAGAAAGUUCGUCGAUUGAAGAUGCAUCGAUGCUAGAAGAAAUCGGGGAAUCACACCGAGGGUCUCUAGAAUUAGCCCCGAUGUUACAACAUCGAAAUGACAUAGACGCAACUGAUUUGGAAUAACGAAUAUAUUUUACUGACAUUCCUUCACUUCAAUAGGUCAUUAAUUUUGUAAAGUAAUAUAUUAUUUGCAAUUUUGAUAGAUUAAUUGUUUCGCAAUUUUCUCUACGUUCAAGAGGAUUAUUCAGACUUUUAUUCAAAUAUAUGACACCCUCACAACUUCACCAACUUGAAGUUCCGAGUGCCAUUGAUUAUCAUUACAAGUGAUAACUUUGAAAUUUCCAAAGAGUGAUUGAAGAGCAGAAUCGACAUGAAUAACAAUCAGUAAAUUGGG